CCAUAUCAUACCCAGACAAAUCGAGGUUUGCGCAGUCUCGUCUUCUUCUUCUUGGUUUUCAUCCUGUGGCGGCAGAGGAAAUGACAGAAGAAGAAGAGGGAGAAAGAGGGGUGACCCUCGAGGAUUUGAAGAAGAAAAUGGCUGAUUUUGCAAAGGAGAGAGAUUGGGAUCAGUUUCAUAGCCCUAGAAAUCUCCUCUUGGCUCUGGUGGGGAAAGUAGGAGAGUUGUCUGAGAUAUUUCAGUGGAAAGGAGAGGUCCCAAGGGGACUUCCCGAUUGGAAAGAGGAAGAAAAACAACACCUUGGUGAGGAGCUAUCAGACGUGUUGCUAUACCUUAUCAGGCUCUCUGACAUAUGUGGUGUUGAUCUUGGUAAAGCUGCUCUUCGUAAGGUGGAAAUCAAUGCCAUCAAAUACCCAGUCAAGCUUUGCGAAGGCUCCUCUAAAAAACACACCCAAAUCACCACCUCAGAUGGCUUAGACACAACCACCACUACUACCACCACCACCACCACCAGUUCUGCCACCAACAGCAACCACCGUGGUCUAUAUGCUUAUGGUCUUUGA